UUUCAAUUAUGAUAGGAAUGUGAUCACAUGCAUGGGAUCGGGGACCCUAAACAUAUAGUAGUACUAACCACUCAUUUUGCUUAAUCUCAUAAUUCUUGUGUUCCUUUGCAUCUUUUUUCUAUCAUUUCAUAUUCUCUCUACAAUGCACGACCAACAAUCCCUCUUCCAACCCCUCAUCCAUGGAAAACCAUCAAUCCCUCCUUCAACAAACAACCAUUAUGUUCAUCAUGCAUCGCACAAUAUCAACAUCCUCGUUCGUUUCCUCCUAGUCUUUUUCAUUGGACUUCUCGCAUUAUAUGCCGACCGUGAAGCAUCCAAAGGCUUCGACAUAACCAUCAUAAACGACAUCAAAGACUCUGUUGCUGGCCGGCGCUUCCACCUCUUCUACGUCUCCAACGACAAAGCCACCCGCAUUAUCCUCCACACCAGCAAUUUCGUCGAACACCUUCUUUACCCUGAAGCACAUGCACAACCCAAGAAGCACAUAAACCAUGUCGUUUUGAGGCUCCCCAGCUGGAACUUGACUUCCCACAACAUAGGGGUCGUCGUUCACCACUCACCCAACAAACAAAAUGACCAUUUUGUCCUUGACAUAAGCCCUUCAAUCAUGGACGACCAGCCCAAUGCCCACCGCGCAUUGGUCACUACCAUCCUACGCGGCAUGGCACAUGUAUGGCUCUGGGACGGUGAGGCCCGUGCCCCACCGGAGCUUAUAGAUGGCAUGGUGGAGUACACAAGGAUGGUGGCGGAGCAAGGCUUAUUUGAUGAGACGAAAAGCUAUGGCAUGAGCACCAAAUUGCCGGGGUGUGACAGGUUUUGGUGGAAGGACAAGGACCCUCGAGUGGUGGCACAAAUGUUGAACUAUUAUGAGGGGCACAGCAAGGGGUUCAUCCAACGGCUGAAUGGAGCCAUGAGAGAGAAGUGGCAUGAUAGGAUGGUGGAUGAUGCAUUAGGCAUGCCAUUGCAAAAUUUGUGUGGAACCUUUAAUUUUUCUAGGUACAGCUCUUGAGAGUUGGUGGAUUUAAAUUUAAUGGUAUGUGGUGCUGUACCAAUAAUUUAUUAGUUGAGAUGUCACAUUGUUGAUUUAUAUUCCAUAAUGGACAUGGACACAAAUAAAAUAAAAUAAAAAAUUAGCGGAUUGAAUCA